AUGAGUGCUGAGUCAAGCCAGGAAUCAGUACCACCUAGAAAUGUUCCUCCUAUUGACAGGGAGAGUAUUCAGUCAGCGAGAGAGACAUUGAGAAGCCUUUCUGAAAUUUUGACGGAAAACAGCACUCUGCCGGUGGGAAUUUCGAGUAUACGAGUGGCAGGAGCGUACAAUACUCGAGCAGGAUUUCUUCAAAAAGCGUUACAAUCAUGUGUUGAUCCAUCCGCGAAAACUAUAAAGAGUAUGCCCCUUCUGGAUACUCUCAACAAUAUUCAAGAAACAACGGGGAAGUUAAUGGCCUUUGGCAUUUAUGACAGUGCCAACAUUAAAAUCGAUCGCGCCUCAUCCGCUAUUUCUGGAGAAAAUGAUCUGGACGUUAUUAUUCAAGUGAAAGAAAAGCCCCGAUUAUUCUUUGAAACAGGAACCGAUGUAGGCAAUGUAGAAGGAAAUGUUCACGCCAACGUUUUGGCAAGAAAUGUUUUCGGUGGUGCAGAGUUCCUAUCUGGAAACGUCUCGUAUGGUACUCGAAACCGUGCUACGAUGUCAGCUAAGUUUGAAACUCCCGUAAAUGCAAGCCCGGCAACUCACUUUCGUGUUCUCGGUUAUAGCAAUGUUCGUGAUAAUAAGGCCAUCUCAAGUCACGAAUUGAUUACCAGAGGUUUGUCGCUAAGCUUGCAGCAUCAAGAUCGUUUUCGUGGUUUGCAUGAGCUUUCGCAAAACUUUUUUUGGAGACGAGUUACUCAUUUGAGUGAAUAUGCUUCUCCUAGUAUUCGGUUACAAGCGGGUGAUACUAUAAAACAAUCCCUUGCUUAUUCUUACAUGGUGGAUACACGGGACCACCCAACCCUUCCCUCAAGAGGUAACUAUGUCCGCGCUUUGAUGGAACUUGCCGGACUAGGGCCAGUUUCUGGGGAUGCCAGAUUUUUAAAAUCUGAACUUUGGCAUCAGUAUGCCUUUUCCUUGAACCGUACACGAUCUGUUACCCUUGCCGUUUCCAGUCGCCUUGGCGCCAUGAAGCCUUUAGACGAGUCACCUACUCUUUUAUGUGAUCGUUUCACGCUGGGCGGAUCUACAAGUAUGAGAGGGUUCUCUGAGGACCGCCUCGGACCAAAAGACGGAAAGGAUUCCCUCGGCGGUACAGCUUAUUUGGCACUCUCUACGAGUUUGUUGUUCCCCUUACCUAAACUGGAUGCUUCAAAGCCCUUCCGAUUACAGGUUUUCGCUAAUGCUGGUGGUUUAACCAACUUGGAUGCUAAAAAUCCCUUGAACACUUACAAAUCAAUUCUCAUGCAUCCUUGCGUAUCAACGGGUUUGGGACUUGUUUACGCAUCACCCGCUGCUCGUUUUGAAUUGAAUUUUACACUCCCCAUCGCGGUUACUGGUGGCGAUGUAGGCCGUAAAGGUCUUCAAUUAGGAGCAGGCAUUGAGUUUAUGUGA